CUGGCUUCCAGCCCGGGCUCCCCCCGCUCCGUUUCCACAGCGACCGGCUGGGCGACAACAACUCCUUCUCACACACCCACCCCCACACAGCCCCAUACACACACAGCGCCCGGUAACGCCAGGCCCCGCCCGCCCGGUGAGCGCGAGGCCUGCCGGGAGGCGCCGUUUGAAGCGCGCAGCGGCCGUUGGCGGCGGGCGGCGCUGAGGGGCCGCGCCAUGGGCAGCGCCGAGCGGGCAGAUUGGGUUGAUGUUGCCAAUGAACUUUUAAGGCGCUGUCACAUAAACCAGCACAUAAAGCAUCUCUCGGAAUGUGGUGCUGAUGUGUUUGUUCGUCUUUAUGAAUCAAUCUUGGGAGAAAAAGUACCAGAUUUCAUAGCUACUCCUAGAAGUCAAGAGGAUGAUGCACAUAAUGUACAAGCUGUAAUAGAUUCUCUAGCAUUGGACUACUUGCAGGUCAGCUUGUCGCACAUCACCGGUGAGAACAUUGUGAAAGGAGAAAGGGAAUCUAUCAAAAACCUCCUUGAAAUAUUUGAUGGUUUGUUAGAGUAUCUUACAGAAGAAGUUGGUGAAUCCUCUUCUCAGAAUGGAGAUGAGAUAAAUGAGCUGCCCAAUAACCAAAUUCAAAUUGCAUCUCCAGAGCAGCUGGAAAGCAAUGCUGGUCAACGUACGGUGCCUUCAAAACUUUCAUCAGUUUCAGGUUCCCAGUCAGAACUUUUCAUUCCGUCUCAUGAUGUAGAUGGAUCAGAAUCUACUAGUGAAUUAAUUAGACUUGGAGAUACUGCUCAUUCAUUCUCAGAGAGAGGGGAAGAAUUCCAGUUUCCUGAAUUGUUACCAGCAGAAAUGAGGACGGAGAUAGAAGAACUGAAAAACUCAGAGGUUAUUGCAACAGUAUCUAGACAGUUCUCUCAAACUGAAAAGGCCAUUGUGAAGGAAAAAGAUGGAUCAAUGGAGCUUAUUCAUACUGAUGAACUUCAAAAAGAUGGUGUGAGUUCCCGUGCUAAGAAACUUGGGGAGCCCAUACGCCAGGCUAUUCCCUUGCUACCACCAUUUCAGCGUGCUGAAGCCAGAUCUCAUGAUCCUGUGGAGAGAGGUUAUCAGAGCUCAGACAGCCAGUCAGCAGCUUUGGUUAACUCUCAAGAAGUGGAAACUCCCACUCUUGAAACAUCGCUUACACAAAAAACUGAAGAUGUUUGUAGUAGUCUUCCUCUAUCAAGGAAAAUCCCUGCAGGAGACAAGACGGUCUCAAGUGAUGCUGAAAGCAGUGUGGCAAAGGUUCCUUGGGUACAUGGGACUUCUACAUCUGCUGCCCCCUUAGAUCAAAAAUACUCACUACAUACUGAGCAAGUAGCACAAACUCCAAGACCCCAAUCAAGACAUAUGCCUAGAAAGAAAAGCAGAUAUGAAAGUUCUACCACAGAUUCACUUGAAGAGUCUCUUUCUCCCAGAACAACAAAGGAAAAUCUAUCUACGCAAGAGUUUCAUAAAGUAUCAGAAAAACUUUCUCGCAGGUUAAAUGAACUAGAUUUAAUGUUAAAGAGAGCUUUGGGUGGGCAUGCCAGAGAAGAGGAGUUGACAGAUGAAGACAGCUUGUCUCAACACAGUGACAGUGUCAUGGAUUAUCGCAGAAGGAAAACUAAGCAAGACAAACCACAUACGAAGUACCCAAUCAGGCCACGAUCCCUGUCUCCAUCCUCACCCUCAUCUCAGCAUCAACUUUUUUCCGAGUUAGAUGGACUUCACAGUAACGGAAAAGGUCAAAUGAGGAAAAUAUGCAACCAAUUGCAAAAAGAAAAGGAUGAAAGAACACAUGAAACAAAGGUGGUUGCUAAAGCUUAUGAAGAUGAAUUAAGAAUUUAUGAAGCUAGGGAGAGGCUUAGAAUUUCAAAGCUCAGAGAAGCAGUUAAGGAAAUGGAACAAGAAUACAAAGAAAACAUCUUUAAAGAACCUCCAAAAAUGCCUCAGCCAGUGAAAGUUUAUUCUAGAAAAACCACACCUCGGAAUCCCAGAUACAGCCAGUGGAUUCCAAAACGAGGAACUGUGAAGCCAAAGAAAGCAGCUCCAAUGGAAGUAAGAGAUGAUGGCCUCCUGCUUCAGCUACUGGAAGAGUUUCCCCACCUGCAUAUUUCCAACCACAUGAUGAAUAAAAUGUGGCGUCAGCAGCUCGCACAGACUGAACAACUUAAGGCAGCUUCUGGCAGAGCUAGACUAAAACUCCAAAAUGAGGUUCAACAAGCCCUGAGGAAGCACGAGCUUCUUGUUGCACUUAUUAAAAAAGAUCAAGACCAUAACAAGAGACUGCAAGAAUUUAAGCAACGUAUCUGCCGACAGAAAUGGGCUCAGAAUAAGGUAAAAGAAAAACGCCAACAAAUUGUUAGAGCCAGGAAAUACUAUGAAGAUUACCGGGUCCAGUUGCGUGCCAAGAUGAUGCGGGCUAGGACACGGGAAGAAAGGAUAUUUAAAAACUUAUUUGAAGAAGGCUUAGAAAUUCAGAAGCAAAGACUAAAGGACCUCAGAGCAUAUGCUCAAGAGAUGCGUGCUGAGCAAAGAAGAGAGCAUCAAAAUGAGUUGGAGUCCAUGGAGAACUAUUACAAGGAUCAGUUUUCCAUGCUAGCAGAAGCUUUAUCUCAAGAACGUCAAGAAAUCCAAACCAGAGAGAAAGCACAAGCACAAAUGCUGCAGAAAACAAAAAGAGAAUUGAGAUCAAGGAUGGAAAAGGAAAUACAACAGCUGCAAACUGCAAUAAUGCAAAAUGAUGAUGACACCUUUUUUCAAGAACUAGAAGCAGACAGACUGAAAUCUCGACUUCAGAUGGCUUCCUUUCAGUAUAGCAAAAGCAAUUUCUCAUAAGACAUGGUAAAUAUCACUGCAGCUGUCUGGCUAAGCUGGUGGGAAUCUUUAAGAAGUGCUUUAACAAGAAGAUGGUGUGUAGCUGUUGUUCUCUAAAACCAGAUCUGUCAUCUUGACGUGUCGGAGGGGUAGUUGCUGGUGUCUGGAACUUUGAGCACUUUUAUGAUCAUCAAUAAAGUUUUAAAGUACUUUCUAUCUUCUUAGCAAGGCUGAGAUAAUGUUGAACUCAACACAAAAGAAGUAGGAUGAAGUCAGUGUGUUUUAGUGAAGCUGGCUUAGUGGAACAGUUGAAUGCUAACCUUCCUGUAUUCUUAUGCUAGGUCUACUGCUGGAAUUAAAAAGCCAUACUAACACUAUUGAUCACAAGUAACUGGGUUAGAAGGCUGACAAAAAAGACAAGUAUAUCUUUAAAACAAUAUCAACACUUCAUGUUUCCUUUGGAAAGAUGAGAUAGAGAAUGCUGCCAUAAACCUGACAAAAAUCCGUGAUUUUAAUAUAUUAAUCAAGGGAAGGCUACCUAUUUUACAGAAUACUGUUUGCAAUUAAGAUCAUAUUUUAUAAUUGCUGGUAUUUAUGGCAAACCAUAUAAAAGACUAUUAUGUGAACUAUAAAUAUACUGGGAAAAAAUCACUUGAAAUAGAAAACAACAAAAAUUCUUUUGAAGCAGUGAAAUACAAGCUUCUGCAAGAACUAAAUCCUUUGAGGGACCUGUGGACAGCAGGCAGUCUUAAAUGGUAUGUCUCCCCCUUGAAAAUAAUUAUGUACAUAUUUUUAGGUCUCUGCAACUUUUUUACAGUUAACUGCUGAGAGAGGGCUACAUGUUAGGUCACCUGUAUUUAGUGUGCUGCCUUCUUAAGGCCUUUUUGUAGGUGUUUUGAUUGCUGGAUUUCACACCAGGGUUUCAAAACUACAAAAGCAAAGGCACAAACAGGCAACAUUUUGCUUCACUUGGUCUACUUCAAAAGGUGAGCAUGGUAACCCUACGUACAACUAGACAACCACUAACAACUUUAAUUUUUUUUGUUGUUUUAGAAGCUGAUUACUUGGAUUAAAGCAAUGAGUACUUGCAUUAUCUUUCUCAAACAUAUAUAUAUAUAUAUUUUUAGGGGGAGGCAGAGUAGUUCUAGUUCUGUUAUAAGACAUUAGAGCCAAUAGCAAUUAAAAAUUCCAGCAUUCAGCUUUUACCUUACUUCAUGGUUAUAAGGGCUGUUUUUAACAUUGUCAUUGUAACUAUCUUCACAGACUCAUCACUUACUUCUGCUGUAAUACAUUUAGUAGAAAAUUCAGGUUUCAGCAGCCAUGCCCUAUGAGAUGGAAGCAUAUGCAGGUGAAUACUUAAACUGAGAACGAAUUGCAUAAAGACAAACUGCUAAUUAGGAAAGCUCAUUACUGAUAUAGUCUUCUCUGCUUGAGGAAAUUGGAAUUUUAUAAUAGUAUUGAGGCUGACCCGAAGAGUAAUUUUAAAUAGGCUCUAGUACAAGAGUUCUUGCUUGCAUUUUAUAGUCAGAACCUGCCAUGAGAUGGUGUCUCUUAUGGAAUUGACAACAGAGUGAAUUAAAGUCUCAUGCUUGCAGGGGGGGGAAUUUGCUGGCACACAAAAAAAAAAAGAAAACAGCAACUGGAAAUGUUUCCUUUCCAGAUUAAACAAACGAGCUGGUAGUUUAAGCAUGAUAUACUUCACUUAAAAAAAAAACACACCCUGUCUUUAACAACCAUUUGCAAGGAGUUGUUAAAAACUAGGUUAAUUUCAAGUCUCUCUAUUUAAGAGACAGUAUUUACCAGCUAGGCUGUUCAAAUUUAACAAGUAUUUACAAGAUUUAUCCUUUUCUUCCCUUAAGGAAGGUGGUUUAGCUUUUGCUGGCUGACUCUUUGGAGGAGACAUCCAUUCACUAACACUGAGCUGAAGUCCUUUCCAAUAAACACAUGUACCAUUACGAUGAAAGCUAAAAGUAAGACCAUUUUUUUCAACUAGGACAUUUAGCACAAUCCUUACUGUAGGUAGCAGUCUGUAGAAAGACACUAAAAGUUUAAAUAUUUUCUCCUGAGACAAAGCUGAGUUACUGAAAAAUGCUUUUGUUACAUUUUAAUGUUUAAUUAAAAAACGCUUAAAACUUUUUAAACCAUUGAUGCUGUGACAGUGCAAACAGCAUACAAUUUAUUGCUCAACUUCUGCAUGGGUACAUACAUUAAGUACUUAAAAACCAUUUUAUACAGAUUUUUUUUGUUAAAGCUCAUGUAACAGCUGGGUGAAAAUACAAUGAUAUCAAUGCUAAAACACUCUGUAAUAAAUACAAUGGAAAUGAUAAACUAAGAACUGUCAGUUUGUGGAGGAGUAAUUACACUUGUAUAAACUAAUUACAGCUACAGACAAAGCUCUGAGGAUGUGGUAGAGCCAGAAACCUACUACAUAGUGUAAAGUACAACAAAUGGCACCUGUUAACUAUAUGGUGCUGUUUAAAAUCUGAAGCAUGCUACAUUAAGCUGUAUGAUGCAUACUUAUGAUAUAGAAGCAAAGCUUUUACUUCCAUCAAUGCAGCUAGUUUAAACGCACCAGAAGUUCAAUACAGAUGUAGUGUUGUAGAACAAGAAUUUAAAAACAGCUUGUGUGCUCUGGACUUUAGUACAACACAAAAAUUUGGUAAAAAUAAAUCAGUUUAGGGAAACUGAAACUAUGUGCAAAAAAAUUAGAAUACAUACUGUACAAAGCACCAUUACAAAACUCUUUACACCGAGAAAUUAAAUCCUCUGAAACUCAACUGUGUACUGUAUAUUUGAAAUCUACAAAAGUCACUGUUCAUAAUUAAACAUUCAUAAUGAAAAGCAACAGCAUAAAACCAUGAUGUGACAUCUCUCUAAAACAACUAAAGACUGGAUAAAGUAAAACCCAGUAAGAGGGACACAAUGAAAUAAAUAUUCACAUUAAUCAUGGGGUGAAAGUCCAAGGUUAAAAUGCAAUAUUAGGCUUAGCACCUUUUUGAGGGGAAAGUAGUUGACAUGACCUUGAAACAAAAUUUUGCAAAGGAAUGAACCUUUUAACAUUUUCUGAUAAACGUGACUAGGUGAUGAGGUGCUUUAAGUUAAAGCUCUCAGUCAUGAAGGUAGAAAGGCACUCAAAAUACUUGGUAUAUUCAACCUCAUCUGUCAGUUAUGGGAAGUCAGAUGUAGCUUUAUCUAGUUUUGCCUAUAAUAUAUUAAAUUUACAAUAUUUAUCUGAGACAACUAAAAAAUUCUCUAUGCCAUACCAAAAUGUUUGGUAGAACAAACAGAUGUACUGCUAAGGCUGCUGUGAAAAUGAAUGGUAUUUAUCAGCUGAUCUCCGCUCCAUUCUGCAGAGCUCAUCUCCCCCCUCCUCAGAAAUGUUUUUUUGUCGUAAGGGUGACCAUAACCAUGUGCUCAAUACACUUACCAGCCUAAGCAGGCUGACAGGGAGAAGGUUCCUAGGAGGUGGGUACAGGUGGUGUGGUCAGGAGACACGGUCUUUAAAUAGUGCUGAGGUGGGCUGUCUGGUGCAAAGGGAACAGCACACCUUCUCCCUGGAACUGCCAACUGAGCCCUGACAUCUCCCAAAGACUGGAUCAAACUGAAUUUUCUUGCUUCCAUGAUCAGGGUGGCUGCAGCCAUAGCCUGAGCAAGAGCAGAAUGAAAACCCUUACACAACAGUGGAGACUUUAAUCCUGUCAACAGUGGUCAAAAAAA